GGAAUGUCAUUAAUAUUUCGCUUUUUAGACCCUUAUAUCUGUUUUCUGAACAUUAACAACAACACAACUACAUUAUAUAUAAUAAUUAGUCUUCGUUGACUUUUUAAAAUCUUAUCUAAGAUGUAAGAAAUUGAUGUCAAAAUCAGUUAAAAUUUAACAUAACUGUUAUUCACAAUUAAAAAGGGCUAUGGCUUCGACCUGACUACGCCCCAGCAAACCUACAUACAUACAAUUUUAUAUUGCUUCAAAAAAAGCUCGCGAAAAAUCGCAUUUCAGUUCCAUACCGAAAGCCAACAAGCACGGAAUGCUGAUGUGUUGUUAUUUAUUUUUUUGAAGUGAAAGAUUGCUGAUUAAAUUUCAGGAAUGGCAAAGCAUUUAUUUGUUAUUUUUAUUUUGAUAUUUACCCUAUCAGUUAUAGCUAUUACUUCAACGCAAUUGAAUUCCGAAAACGAAUGCAGUACAGAGAAAUGUCUUGAAAGAAAAAUAAAAAAAGAAAGUAAAAGGUUAUGCAGUUUGCAAAAAUUGAAAGUUAGACAAAAUAUGCAAAUGAAAAUAACAUCUCUAAGGAAUACUAUAAAGGAAAAAAAUGACACCUACUGUAUAGCACCUCUUCGUCAAAAUAAAGCUGAGAUAUCAUUACUUAAGACCAAUAUUACAGUGCUGCAAACUUCACUUGAUGAACAAAAAAAUUAUUCGGAAUAUAUUCAAAGUAUUAUGCAAACUAAAGAAAAUAAAUACAAUGUCUUACAAAAUCAAUACACUGAGCUACACAAUCUUUUUGAUAUUAAAGAUAUCGAAAUUAAGCAGCUAAAUACCACGCAAAGAAGUCUUUUGGAUCAACUGAAUAACAAAACAAGCAUGAUAAUAGAAUUGAAAAACACAAUUCAAGACAUGCAAGCUUUGAUUAAGAAUAAGAAAAACGAUUACGCUUUGCUACUAGAUAAUUACACUGAAUUACAUAAAGAAGUUGAGCUAAAAGAUAUUGAAAUAAGCACUCUGCGUUCUAAUAAUAUAACACUUUUUACUGAACUGCAAAGCUGCACAAAUGAAAAGAUAAAUCUAGUGACACAUUUAACUGAGAUGACAAAUAGCUUAAAAGAUGUAACAACAACUCCACAAAAUACAACAAAAUCGCAAGCAACUGAAGGAAAAUGUCCACCCUUUGGCAACUUCACAGGUGAUCAUUUGGUUACAAUUCCGGGAUUUUCGCAACCCUUCCGAAUACCCUGUAAUUCCGACAGUAAUAAGAAAGAUUGGACGGUGAUUGAGCGCCGCUUGAAGCAGACACUAGAUUUUAACCGUAACUGGGAAAGUUAUCGUAACGGAUUUGGUGAUCACAAGUCGGAGUUCUUUAUCGGAUUGAAAUUACUUAACCUGAUGACAUCAUCGCAACAGCACGAACUACUCAUUCGACUGAGAUCGAGGAAGACAGUUAAGUUUGCUCAUUACAGUGAUUUUGAAGUUUCCGGUGAAGAUAAGAACUUUCAGUUAAAAUCACUCGGAUUAUAUUCUGGCGAUGCUGGCGAUGGUAUGCGAGAAAGUGAGGGAUUAAAGUUUAGCACUUUUGAUCGGGAUAAUGAUCUAACGGAGAACUCCAACUGUGCUAAGGAUUCAGGAGGAGCCUGGUGGUUUACUGAUUGCGGCGUUACAAAUCUUAACUUCAAGUAUUAUAGUAAAACUGUGAAUCAAAUGCUUUGGAACAAUUUGAUGGAACCAGUAGUGUCUAUAGAAAUGAUGAUACGUCCAACGGAACUCGACUCGAAUAACAAAUAAAGCAUCAUUUGUACAUCGUAUAUAUAACUUUUAUUGUU